CAAUCAACAGCGAGGUUAUUAUGCGCAGGGGUUUGCAGGUUAAGCAGUAUUACUCCUUUAUAUGACUUAAACGUGUAUUAAUUUGUAUAUAUAUGUGUAUUUUUUAUAAGCGUUUUGGAGCAGUUGCUUUCUAACUAAAACGAGGUAAAGUAAGAACACGGAAGUUAAAGCAGCUAGAAUUGGCAAACGUUAGCUAGCUGAGUUAGCUUAACAGACAUGACGACCCGGUAGCUCACAGAAGCAAUUUCUGGGUAUAAUCAACUAAACAGACUCUAAAACUAUUUAUGAAGAUACAUAGUGUAAAAGAAACCAAUCGGAUUACGAGCCCGAUGUUUUCAUAUGUCACUUUUCUACAUUACGCUGUUUGAGUUCAGGCUAGUAAGGUACGGUUAGCUUAGCUUUUAUAUAAGCGACAACAUCCGGCAAACUGGACAAAACAUUGGAUUUAAUGGGCUUUAAAUCGGGUUUGGCCGGUUCGCUAACCCCACAGAAGAAGAUGAAAAAGAGAAAAGAGCUGAACGCCUUGAUCGGACUCGGGGACAGUAAGAGAAAGAAGACGAAAAAGGGCUCAGGUCACCGACUUCUGCGAACCGAACCACCGGGUUCAGAGUCGGAAUCCAGCUCUGAGGAGGAUGACUUCAACAACCUGAACGGCGUAAAUAGCUUUGGAAAAAGAAGCUACUCACAAUGCUGCAGCGUGUGCUACCCCUUGUUCCUGUUCAUCAUACUAGCUGCCUGUGUCAUGGCUUCUGCUGGACUGAUAUGGAUGCAGAUUGCACUGAAAGAGGAUUUAGACUCACUGAAGGAAAAGUGGCACAGCAUGGAAUCCACCCAGAAGGCGUCGUCAAGUGAAAUACCCAAAUUAAACGAGGAUCUGAAAGACGAGGGGAAGAAAAUCGAAGAGAUUGAAAACGGGGACAAGGGGUUGAGCAGACUCUGGUCUAACCUAACAGAAGUGAAUCGAAAGAUCACCUUUCUGGAUUCAGCUGUCAGCCAUUUGAAAACCAGUCUGAAAUCGUCUGCUGAUUUAAUCGGCCUUCCAACCACUGUUGAAGAGCUUCAGAAGAGUGUUGCCACAAUUGGCAGCACACUAACAAGUGUACAGCAUGAUGUGGAAACAAUGAGAGCUUCUCUUGAAAAUCAGAAGAAAGAGGAUGAGUCAAAGAAGACCAUGGACAUCACAGACCUAAAAAGAGCCAUGAGUGAGGUCAAUAAGACGGAAGAGCAGCACCAUAUGUGGACUGAUGAGCAGAUCCACAUUCUCCUGUCUACAGUUGCAGAUCUUCAUCAAAGAGUGGCCUCAUUGGAGAAUGGGUCAAAACACAGUUAUAAAGAUGAAGCAGCUCCAGUGACUGUGAACAGUAAAGGGCCUGUAAAUGCGAUGGUGACAGAAACAACACCACCUCAGGAUGUGGAAGACAUGUCUGCACCUCUGACAAAGCCACAAAUAAGCAGACGUCCUCGCUUCUUAACUCCAAGACGAUCGAGGAGGAGUGCCGGGACUAAAUGUCCGAAGAUGUUGUCCCUGCCGGGUGUCACUUCUCUAUCAGACCUUGAGAACCUCUACUGGAGAGCAGGAGUGGAGCGCAACCACCUCGGACUAACUUACCAAGACCUAAAGAAUCAGUUUGGGGGAGCGACUCCCAGUGAACAUGCUAUGGCGUGCUUUGAUGAUGGAGACCGCAGGUACAGACUGGUGGAGCUGAGAGCUGCUGUGGGUUUGUGAGCUCCAUGUCACUGACCGCAGUGAACAGUAUGGAGCACCCAGCAGGGUCUGGGAGGGUUUGGGGAUUUCGGACUUUUAUCUGUAGUUGCUGCACCUUGGUGAACUAAGUAUUUAUCAUUUUGACAGUGGUAAAAGAGGCACUGGUAUGCCCUCUCCUCACACCUCCCCCACAAGUUCCACUUAAAUAUAUUGUCAGCAAACAAAAAUUGCUUAGAUUUUAAUAGUAAUACGAACAAGUAUUUGUAUGUAAAAUCUGAUCCUUUUUAACCAGUUCCUAAAAUUUUGUUUGUAAACAUGGAAUAAGUCAUUUUUUCCCCAUCCCAGGUCUUCAACAUGAAGUAACUGAUUAUUUUUAUUUUUUUCUGUUUUUGAUUCUGUGUCUCAUCCUGAUGUAAUGAAUUGUUUGUUAAACUAUUUUAGGCUGUAGCUCUCAGAAAUGUUCCUGUCUACAUCAACACCUGGUUCAGCUCACUUAAAGCUUGUCUAUAAUUACUGGAGAAGGACUUUUAAUGAAUGUUUACAAAUGACUACUAGAAAUGGCGUUUUAGAGGCUUUCAUUGUGUUUUUGCACAGUUUCCUAACUUAUCUAAGAAAAAACAAUCAGAUGUAAAAGCAGUCAAAACUUUUUCUAUGCUCUUUUCUAAGCUAAAAGUAAAGUUUAAAGCUCUGCUUGCCUUCACCUUCAGAUUUCCAUCUGUGAUCAGUCGAUCUGUGCAUUUAGUUGUAGUUUUGGUUUUUUGCUUUUCUCGUUUCCUGAUGUUUUGCAAAUUUGAAGGGCUACAAACUCCUUGCUAGAAUUUUUAUGGUUAUUGAGGCACAUGUAGCAAUAAGUGAUGUAUUACAGGCGCACCGAGCUCACACUCUGUAAAAACCAUCACUGUUUGCAUUAAUGUAUAUUUUAUUGCAUUAUAAAGGUCCUACUUAUGUAAGGAUUCACACAAAGGCCAUGUGGCCUGUUGUGCUUUGUAAAAAUGUAAUUUCAAACAGUUAUAUUCUAAAAGGGGUCACAUUGUUGGAAUUUAAUCAGAGAUCCUUCACUGCCUUUUUUUUUUCUUUAUUUUGUUUUUCUUAAGUUUUGACCUGCUGGUUUUAAACAGAUAUGCUAAAGAGUAUUUAAUAUAGGUAUGGUUAAAAAUCAAACUGAACAUAGAUGAAAUAAAGGAUUUCUCCAAUACUGGUUAAUCGCAGUAAAUUAGAAUGUCUGUGUAACCUAUUCUAGUGAUUUGAGUAAAAAUCAGAAAUUCAUUAUACACAGUGACAUAUUGCAAGCAGUUGUUUGUUCAUUUUAAUGAUUAUUGCAGCAAAUAAAAGAAACCUCCAUAAAUUUUACUUUCCCUGAAUGCAUUUACCAUAUAUCAUGACCCAAAAAACAACAAAAAGUGGAUUUAAAAAAAAUAUUCUGCCCAAACAUGUCAAUAUGGUGUACAGUAUCUGAACUUGAUACAUGAUCAAAGUUUUGUUUGCAUAAUUGCUGCGUCUGAAGCAUAGAAUGGAUGCAAUCUAAAGGAGGCAACUCUAAUUUAGUUGUAAAACAGUAUGGCCUCAAAAUCACAGGGUUUUUUAAGAAAGCUUUUGAUGUCCAGCACUAUUCAGAUCACAUUUGCACCCUCGUGGUGAUGGAUUUAAUUCUUUAAAGUAAUGUGGAGGACCAGGGUUUGCAUACUAGUUGUGUAAGGUAAAACUCUGCUAGUCUGGAAGUAGGUUGUAAUGACUUGCUGUGGCGACCCCUGAAAACAAAUACAUUUAUAAAAUUGUAUAACUGAUGCUGGCAAUAAUAGCGGUAUUUAUGAAUUUAACAAAUUACUGGUAUUUAAUCAUGUACCAACAGUAAUAUCACCCUGGAGCUUAUUGUGUCCUCAGUUAAAGGUUAACAGGAUUGAUACUUUUGACAGUGCAAAUUCCAUUGGAAAAUGAGGCUCUUUUUCUUUUCACUUAAUUUUCCAUUAAUAUCCUCUCAUUCAGCUGUUAAAAGCCAGAGUUUUAACAGUAGAUUUGUUUUUAAAAGUUCUUUUUGAGCUUAUGUAGUGGAAUUUUGAGUUUUCCUUAUUUGUCAAGAAUCUACAUGAACAAGACUUGAAAUGUGUUGCUGUGUAUUGAAAUGAGAUCAUUUUACUUUUAAUAAUACCCUAUUUUAGUAAUUUAAUUGUAAAAUUGAGUUUUACUAGAUUAUUUUUAUGCAUCAAAACAUGCUAGUUGCAACAUUUGACCAAAAAUUGUUUAACUUUGGAUGCUUUAAGAAGAAGA